AUGGCGAUUGGCCUGGCAGCUCUGGGGCUCCUCGCUUUCCUGCUCGGCUGCUCGGGAACCUUUGCCCAACCCCAAAACUCGGAGCCAGCCGCCGAGUGCUCCCUGACCGGCACCUGGAGGAAUAACCUGACCAACACCAUACACAUCGAGAGCGUCAGUGACACGGGGGUGUUCAGCGGCAUCUUCUAUACACCACUGCGGUACUCCAUACACAUCUUUCCAGCCGCGCUGCAGGGCAUCCAGCACCGGGGGCUCCAGCCCACCUUUGGCUUCACCAUCAGCGGGAUCUCCGAUGGACCCACCGGUGUCUUUGUGGGCCAAUGUCUGGUGGAUGAGAACGGAAAGGAACAGCUGAGGACAACCCGGCUAUAUCGUGAGCAUGUGGAAUCCGCAGCAGAGGAUUGGGGGGCGACCCGCGUUGGCACGGACAUCUUCUGGCGCAUCAAGUGAGAGGGUGAAGAGAGCAAGGCUUCCCUGUUUCUGACUUGGGGGGCCUUGGGGGGGGGUGACCUUUCCAACCUCACCGAUC